ACGCGAGUUCAACCUGCCCGGUACACCGCCCCCAAUAUCAUACAAUACGAACCGCAUGUUCAUCACAAGUCCUGCUUGCGCUCCAACAACCACCUAACAUCCACGGCACCAUUUGCAGAAUAAAGCCCAGCCUGUCACGCGUUCACACACACACUCGGAUCUGCAGAAAAAAACAUAAACCGGGGACAUUUUCUUCAGCACGCCAGGAGAGUUGGAGGUCCGCAGGUACAGUAAUUGCAGAGCUGCUCAGACGUUUGGUCGUCAUGCUGGGCAUCUGCGUGUGUCUUUUUGCGGUUUUCACACAUGUCCUCUGUCAGGAAGCUGAGGAGCCCGUCUUCUACACAUGCACAGAAGGGUAUGAGUAUGACAGUGUCAGAGAGCAGUGCAGAGACAUCGACGAGUGUGCCUUGUUAGACGAUGCCUGCAAAGGAGGGAUGCAGUGUAUCAACCACUUUGGCGGAUACCUCUGCCUCCCCAAGAGCGCCAUCAUCUAUAUCAGUAAGGAGGGCGAGCAGGUGCCGCUGCCAAACCCUGUCCCUGCGGUUCGCGCUGUCCCCGCUCCUGCUGUCCAACCAAGCCAGCCUCAGGUCAUACUGUCUUCAGGCAACAUGGGGGCCGCUCUGUCCAGCCGGACCAUCCGCUGUGCACUUGGAUACACUGCAGAUGAGCAGAACCUCUGUAGAGACAUAGAUGAAUGUGCAACAGGCAGACACACUUGUGGCCCUGAACAGACAUGCUACAACACCAGAGGCUCCUACACCUGCCAGUGUCCUCCAGGCUACCAGAAGAAUGGAGGCCACUGUGUAGAUAGAGACGAGUGCACCCUGACCCACUACUGCAUGCACAGAUGUGUGAACACACAGGGCUCAUACUACUGUGAGUGCAACGCAGGUCACAAGUUGGCCAGCAACAACCACAGCUGUGUUGAUGUGAAUGAGUGCGACGUGGAGAAUCCCUGUCAACACCACUGCUACAACUUGAUUGGCUCCUUCCUCUGCCAGUGUGACCAGGGCUAUGAGCUGGCACAAGACACAGUCUCCUGCCAAGACAUCGAUGAAUGCAGCUUCUCCAGCUACAUGUGUCAGUACCAAUGUAUUAACAGCCCAGGAAGUUACGCCUGUGAAUGUCCAGAAGGAUAUCAGCUGCAGGGAAACAGGUUGUGUCAAGACAUAAAUGAGUGUGAGACGGGGACGCAUAACUGCCAAGAUGAUGAAAUGUGCUGGAACUAUUAUGGAGGCUUCCGCUGCUACCCCAGAAACCCCUGCGAGGCGCCUUACGCCAAAACCUCUGAAAAUCGCUGUAUCUGCCGGUCUCAGGCUGAGUGCCAGGGUCUCCCGCCGUCAAUUGUCUACAAGUACAUGAGCAUCCAGGCCGAGCGGGCUGUGCCAGCGGACAUCUUCCAGAUUCAAGCCACCAACAUGUACGCCAACACACACAACAGCUUCAGGAUCAAAGCUGGGAAUGAGGCAGGAGAAUUCUUCCUGAGGCGUUCCAGCAACAUGAGUGCCAUGCUGGUGCUAACCAAGCCUCUGUCAGGCCCCAGGGAAUACGUCAUAGACCUGGAGAUGGUCACUCACCAUUUGACCAUGAACUACCGCUCCAGCUCACUGCUACGGCUCACUAUAAUAGUUGGGCCAUACGCCUUCUAAACAUCGUAAUUCCCAGCAGCCCGCAUAUGUCUGGUUCAGCACACCUAGCAGUGUAACACAAGAGAUGCCUGUAUCAGCAUUAAAUACAGUACAUUUUUCACACAAUACAACACAUAACUUAGGCUGUCCCAGACUCAUAGAGCAGCACAGCAGUUCCAAUAGGCUUGCUCAUGACAGACCAGCCCAUGCUGUAACGUGACCACUGGGCAUCUUUUUUUCUCAAGAUGCUGGGAAGCAUUGUAAUGAAGGGAUUUAGCGUCCUGACGAAUCAAGCACUGUGUUUCAACAACAGCACUUAACAAUAAAUCAUUUUUCAUCUUUAAAGUUGAAACAUUUUUGACUUUAGGUGCCUGAAGUGGACAUAAAAAAGAAAAGCAUGUUAGCCUUUUUUACUUUUACUGCUACCAUACUAAAAAAACAAGUGGGAACAGAGCAGUGGCACUAAGGAAAAGAGGCCUAGUGGACACACAUCCUAACUGUGAUUGAUGUUUUGAUGCAGCUGUACUUACAUUUAUCAUUUUGUUUCAGGCCAGAAUUUACAAUAACCCGUGUGUGUAUCAGUGAAACAAUCUGUUGAAAAAGUUUUUUUUUUGGUACACUGUAAAUGUACUACAUGACAAAUAUCCAAUAUGAGCAGCAUUUGAUACAAACAUUAUUGACAGACCCUGUAAAUUACAUCUUUUGUUGAUGUUUUUCGGGGUUACUACUGCUGCGCCAUGCUUUUUGUGCAACUUUCUGUAUAGUUUUACUCAUGAGUAAUACUUUCCAGAGAAGUCAGAAGUGUACAGGGGAGGGGGGAUUUGCCUGUUAGUUAAGAGAGUAAACUUUGCAUGACAACAGGCUUGAUGCUCAUAGACUUUACUCACAAGAGUUAAGCAUGUACAUACCAAGUCAACAAAUCUGUGUGGAUGUGUGUGUGGAUGUGUGUACGUAUGUGUGUGUGUGUGUGUGUGUGUGUGUGUGUGUGUGUGCGUGCUCGCACGCCUCGCAUUGUUUAUGCAUGCAAGCAAGUGAAAGUGUAAUACACAGAGGGAGAGAAAGGGAAAGAGUGAGAGAGGGACCUUGUUCUCUGCCCCCAGGUUCGGUGGAUGUGGUUGAGCUGUUUAUGGGUUUCUGUGAUGCCAUCCUUGCAGCCCUCGGUCGUAGAGGCCAUACGAGAUUCUUUCUUUAACUAGAGAACAUGCACAGGAAAUGACGGCUUUCACAACACACCUUGGCCAAUCGGCCACUCACUGGUGCCAAGGCGAUUCUCCAGAGAAACAGCUGAGCUUUCUAAUGUCGGUCCCAGUCAAGAAGUCACACUGGCACCAGGCUGGCUUGCGUGAUAAAGUAAUUACUGUGCUUUGCCCCGUUGCUGGUUCAUUUGUGACACAGGGGAUUAUUAAAGUGUCAAUACAAUGCCACCACACUUUUGGCAGUAUGAGAAAUCUUUCACUACCGUUUUUGCCUUUCGUGUCUGCUCUUGCUUAUUACUAAAACACUGUACACUGUAGACAUACAAAGCACUGAAAACCACAUUGGAAACCAACAUGUUAAAAAAUUUAGAAAGUUGUACAUCUUUUAUGUGGUUUCAGCAGCGACCAUAGUGCCUUAGAUGUAUAAACACCAAAAAACACAUAACACUAAUCUUUCAUGCUGUUAAGUCUUCCUUCAUUGAAAUGCCUUAAUGUUUUUCUCAUCUAUUUAAAAUAUAUUUUGUCAUAUGUAUCUUUUAUUGAUUGUACUCUGAAGAACAAAAGUUAUAUUGGUAAUAAAAUAUGAUGGAUCAAUGG